GCGAUAAAGCUCAUGUAUGCUUACACGACAAGUAUGGAGUUCAUGCAGGUUAUAUACAAAGCUAUACUUAUAGAUACAUUUCUGCGGGAUGGGUGAUUGCUCCCAUGUUUGUCACGGUAUACAAACAUUUUAAUUUCGAUUCAUAGCCUUUUUCAAGGGCCUUUUCUAACCGCAUCAAAUGCUUUUCGUUUUAUCGGCUCUGUCAAAAUUGGUUCCAUAUCGUAUUUGAAAUUCCUUCGUUCUUGAAAUCGCUUGAAAGUAUAUUUCAGUAAUGGACUGGCACUUGAGGUGCACGAUUACUUUUCAAAUGUUAUCUGUUUGCAACCCAUGAAUAUACAACUUUUAUUUUUAUUGAUAAGUAUUCUGGCCGUGCAACAUGGAACUGCAAGCAGCGACGAUUAUCCCAUUGCAAAUUUGACCACUACUCAACUUAUCUGCCAACAGUGUCUGGAUGAGACGUCUGGCCUGCACUGCGAAAUGACCAUGGAGUUUUACGACUCCUGUGUGGAGGGAAUUGAAUCAAACUACGUACCAAUCAACGAGUCAGUGUGGGUGCUGCACGACGAGUACUGCGCGGUGCCGACGGUUCCGCUGCUGGAGGAGCUGCCCGCCUGGGUCUCCACCAACACCUCCAAGCCGGCCGGUUACCCGGAGGACAGAACACCCAGUCCCAUCCUGCACCCGUACGCCGAGGAGCGCUUCAGCGCCGCCGCCGCCGGGUGCGCCGCCCUGCUCACAGUCACCCGUCUGACGCUCAUGGCGGCUGGCAUCCUCACUGUACUUCACUGAUGGCGUCAGCUGUGUCAGCAGCGGCUGGCGACAGACCGAGAUGGCAGGUGUUCGGCUGCCGUUACUGUGUAAGUUACUGAUACGACGCAGUCUGAUAUCGAUAAAGAAUUUCUGCUUAUUUCCAUUUUGAAAUGCCUGUAAGGUUCCGUUAUGUCAUACAACCAUUCAACGUAGGGAUAUGUAGUGUACCUGUGAAAUAAUAUAUACUUAAUCAUUAUU